AUGAGGUACCAAACCACAUCACCACUGAGCAGAGUUGGCCCCACGGCCUCUCUCCGAGACGCCGAGCCAAAUUUUGUGGGGCCCAUCGAAAAUGUGACCGUGGCCCUUGGUAGAGAAGCUGUUCUUACUUGUUCCGUGUCAGAUAUAGGUGAUUAUAAGGUCGCAUGGAUCAGAGCUGAUGACCAAACUAUUCUGACUCUCCACACCCGGCUGGUGACCCACAGCUCGCGCUACGCAGUUACCAACGACUCGCCCGGAUCAUGGCAGCUCCACAUCCGACCACUCAAGGUCGAAGACAGGGGCUGCUACAUGUGCCAGAUAAAUACUAGCACUAUGAAGAAGAAAAUUGGCUGUGUAGAUGUAUUGGUUCCUCCAAACAUAGUAGAUGAAGGCACAAGUGGAGAUCUAGUUGCUCGAGAGGGAACAGAUGUUAGUAUUUCUUGCAAGGCUGAUGGUAGACCCCUUCCUCGAAUACUCUGGAGGAGAGAAGACGGCAUCAAUAUUCUGCUGAGGAACGAAACGGGAGACCUACAGAAAGUCGAUAUGUACACGGGGUCGUCUUUGAAUCUCACCAAGGUGGAGCGAAGACAGAUGGGUGCAUAUCUCUGUAUUGCUUCCAAUGAUGUGCCACCUUCCGUCAGCAAGAGAAUUAUGUUGAGCGUUAAUUUCGAGCCGUCAAUAGUAAUUUCUACGAAGGUAAUGGGAGUGCCCACGGGUUCCCAAGCCAAGCUAGAAUGUUUUGUUGAAGCGUACCCUCAUGCAAUAAACUAUUGGCUCAAGAGUGGAAAAGAGAUGAUUUUAUCGGGCGGUAAACAUGAAAUCAACGAAAUUAGGAUGUCAACGUAUCAAGUGAAGACAAUAUUGACAAUCACCAACUUCAAUACUGAGGAUACGGGAACAUAUACUUGUGUUUCUACGAACACGAUUGGAAAGGCAGAUGGGACUCUAAGACUUUAUGAAAUAAAGAUCACCACCACAACGACGACAACAACGACUACAAGUACCACUACCACCACCACCACCACUACCACCCCACCGUCAACCACAGCUGACAGCCUGACAACCCAGCCACAUUACGUGGUGGCUUUACAACCCGCCGAGCAAAAGUUUUAUACGCCAGAUGUUACUACUUAUGAUACAAUGCAGAACGUAAUAGAGCAGUCCGUCCGUGACAACAACUGGCUACCGACUGUAGAAUCACGCGGUGCACCAGCCCUUCAAGCCUCGUUCACCAUCCUUAUAGUACCCACUAUAAUGCAUAUUUUAAAUAAUUUUAGCCCAUUGGUACUUCAUAAAUAUUAUAUUCAAGAUUCAAGAUGA